GUCUCGCGCAUUCGCUUUUCUUCGACUGUUACAACUGUACCGUACCGGCCACACAGUGAAGUAGGUACGGCGGUCAUAGUUGGUUAUUGUUGUUAUUUUUUUUUUCACCAAAUAUUUAAUAAUAUUUUUUCAUUAACGCCGAGACGAAAAUCCCGUUUUUUGGAUUUUUUUUCCAUCGAAUAAUAAAUAAUCCAUUUCUAACAAGAGAUGGCUCAUUUCAGAAAAACCAAAAAAGAUCACAACAAGGCGUUCAUCAUUCUCAGAAAGGGAUCUGAAGAUUCAGACGUUAUAACAAAUACAGCGGACCUGUCUCUGGGCAUUGAAAAAGAAGCGCUGCGGCGCGAAAAUGAGCACAGAGCUCGUUCACAACUACUUAACAGUCGUACAAAACCGGUGGCGUUUGCUGUUCGCACAAAUGUCGCAUUUGACGGUAAAAAAGACGAUGACUCACCAAUACAAGGCUGUGCGAUCACAUUUGAUAUUAAAGAUUUUUUGCAUAUCAAGGAGAAAUAUGACAAUAACUGGUGGAUAGGCCGACUGGUUAAAGAGGGCUCUGAUGUGGGUUUUAUACCAUCCCCCGCCAAACUCGAACUCCUGCGUCAGAUGAACCCAUCACGAAGCUCAAAAAAUCAUUCUUCCAAAAACUCGUCAUCAUCAAACUUAGCUGAAGAUGAUGAUCCUAUUGGAAGUGGUCGUAUAUCUGCCAGAACCACAUUAACCGCUCCUACAGCCAAAGACAAACGCAAAAUUUUCUUUAAAAAACAGGAGACCACACCACCUUAUGAUGUCGUGCCAUCAAUGAGACCAGUUGUGCUUGUCGGGCCAUCUCUAAAAGGAUACGAGGUGACCGACAUGAUGCAAAAAGCUCUAUUCGACUUUUUAAAACAUCGUUUUGAAGGAAGAAUAAUUAUUACACGUGUAAUGGCCGAUAUAUCUUUAGCUAAACGAUCUCUUCUCAAUAACCCCUCAAAAAGAACAAUCAUAGAAAGUAAACCUGGUUCAAACUCAAGAACGAAUAUAAUGGCUGACGUACAACAAGAAAUAGAACGGAUUUUCGAACUCGCACGAACAUUACAGCUUGUCGUUUUGGAUUGUGAUACUAUCAAUCAUCCAUCGCAAUUAGCAAAAACUUCUUUGGCGCCAACCAUAGUUUACUUAAAAGUCUCGUCACCUAAAGUUCUCCAGCGGUUGAUCAAGUCGCGGGGCAAGUCUCAAACCCGACACCUGAACGUGCAGAUGGUUGCGUCCGAGAAGUUGGCCCAGUGUCCGCCAGAGAUGUUCGACGUGAUACUGGACGAGAACCAGCUAGAUGAAGCGUGCGAACACAUAUCCGAAUACUUGGAAGCGUAUUGGCGCGCGACCCACCCGCCCGUCACGCCCGACCCCAAUGAACAACAGCUGUUGACCAGACCGAUCAGGAGCUCGCCGAGCAUGGACAUGCCCAUCAUGUCGUCGAUGAUGAACAACUACCAGCCGUCAGAAUACCAAUCGAUGGAUCGCAUUCCACCGCGUCUCGAGCGCAUGCGCACCACCGAGUACGACGACUACGAGCUCAGCGAUCACGACAGCAUGGUGUACGUACCGCCGGCCAUCGGGUACCAGUCGAAGCAACCUCAACAGCAACAGCAUCACAAGCACCACCAGCAGCAGCAACAGCAGCAGCAUCAACAGCAGCAUCAUCAUCAUCAGCAGCAGCAGCAGCAGCAGCAGCAUCACCAUCAGCAGCAACAGCAUCAUCAUCAGCAGCAACAGCAGCAGCACCACUCGCAGCAGCACUAUCAACAACAGAAACAGCAUCAGCAUCAUCAGCAGCAGCAGCCGCCGCAACACUAUCAACAGCAACAGCAGCAACCGCCCAUGCGACGGCAGCACAGCGUGUCGUUCGAACGGGGUCAGUCGCAACGCGGACAGCCGCGUCCGGGCAGCAGCUCGCACAACGUGCACCACCAGUUGUCGUACCAGCUCAGCUCGCAGACCGACAUGCUGACGCACAGCCCGCCGGAGAACUCGUCCGACCAUCUCAUGUCGUACAUGUCGCCCACACUCAGAUCGUCGUCGUCCACGUGGCGCGGCAACGUAAACAUUUAGUACAAACAGACGGAAUUUUAAUGACAGCGCGUUCGACUACGUUUUUUUAGGUGACCGACGGCGAUCGUCAGACGUAUAACGAUAAUAAUGUGCAAUAACGAUAUGUGACGGCGGUGCGACUGGGUACUCUUUCUCUCUGUUGGUCGUGUUUCUUGUUGGAACACGGCGGCGAUGGUGUUGUUGUUGUUGCGUUAAUAAUUAUUGUUAUAUUGCCGUUGCGAUCGUUGUUCGUCACCCACAGACUCGUUGGCGUGACUGUCAUUAAUAUUGCCGUAAACAAAACAAAUGUCAUGUAAAACACCCCGUUAGGAGGGUAUCAUUGCGAUAUUAUAUAAUAUACAUACCUAUCUUAGCAUUAGUCAACACGUCUCGUAGAUGAUAAAGGAACGGACGCAUAUAGGGCCACGAGACACGUGUAAAUAAUUGGAUAGGACGUGUCCACAUAUAAUAUUAUCAUCGUUGGUCGUUACUAUAAUCGCGAGAACGGCGGCGAUGUCCCGGCAAUAAUAUUAUGACGUGUCUCGAACGGAGAAAAAAUAGCUUCGUAGGCGUUCGAAACCUGCAAAAAUCGGUGGGUCCGUGUCUCAUUCGUUAAUUCGUUCGUGGAUAGGACAAGCCUGCGAAACCGCGGGGUCGCCGCCUUUUUCGUGCCAGAGCAGAUGAACGGUUCUUGUCUUUUUUAUCCGAAACGAGUCCUUUAAAAGCAACGGGCUCCGUAUUCCGUGAUAAUACCACAAACACGAGACGGUCAUGUGGGCUGGACCAAAAUUCAUGAAACGAUGACAAACCGAGGCAUAUAGCUACCUAUACCGUUCAAUAUUUUUCAACUCACUCGUGAGAUCUACCUUACCCCCUGCCCCUUACACGUGCAGUUUAUUCUUCGACGAUUCCUUCCGUUUAUUCUGCACUAAAAGCGACCUCCUCUGUACUGGAAAUGUCCUGUUCGCGUGUAUUUAUCGUUGUCUUGUGGAUACAACCCUAAAAGCUCAUCACCAUUCAAUUGUCGUGUAAUAAACACGGAUAAUAAACGUAUUUGUAUAUUAUCCACUGUAUACGGGGGCGAUGAGCUACGAUGAUGUCCUUUAUACACUCCUUUAUUAUCUGCGGGAGACAACACGCUGCACUGGUAUACACCCACGCGUAGACUUAUUCGUGACAAAUAAUCAUGUAAAAAAUAUGUACAAGUCUAUGUGGAGGUGUAUACUUUGCACGAUAUAGUUAAUAAUAAUAUGAUAUAUAAUAUGUGUAAAUAUAUUAUUAUUAUGAUUUAGUAAAUACGUCAUUAAUAUUAUAUACAUAAUUGAACUUCAAUUGCCUUAAUUGGACCAACAUUAUACUGAGUGCUUAUUAUAAUUAUUUAUAAUCGUAUUUCGUAUAUUAUUAACUUUAUGACGAAUAAAUCUGGUUAUGUUUAACAAUUUGAAUACCUAGUUAUAAUAAGUUUAAACGUGUAGCGUAUAAUUAUCAAUAGAAAUAUUAUUAUUAUUAUUAAAUUUAAGCAAUUUUUUAUCCGAUAAAUUAACGCCCGCCACUGGGCUAUACUAAUGUAGAAAAAAUAAAACCCUAAUCAUCAUGAAACUCUCAAAAUGUAUUGUAAGGUAGCGUUUAUUAUACUCUUGUAAAACAUGAUUUUUAAUGUUUUCAAUAGUUUGUAUAGGUUUCUUAGUAUAGUUAGGUAUACGGCUAAUAUACAUAACGGGUAAUAACUAAUAUUUAAGGAUAAUAAUAAUAAUUGUUUUUCAUAAUGCUUGCCCUCGUUUAAUCAAUUAAACGUGAUAAAAUUAUCGAAAUUUAACCUAAUCGCCUUUGUGUGUUUCUCUUUUUAUUUGUGUUUAUUUUAUUAUAAUACUGCUUUUUUUAAUAUACAGUUUUCUUUUAAAUUAAGUAUCUAAAUUUAAUUGUUUUUUUUUUUUUUAUCAUUAUUAAGGUUAUUUUACUAGAUUUAUUUAUUUUUGUUGUUUUCUUUUUCAAAUCCGUACACAGUGUUCAAAAACAACGGUUUUCAGCCUAUAUUCAAAACUGUUGUUUUUCGAAAAUGUUUCCAAAAUUAUAAUAACACACACUGUAAACAGGGUCUUUCCGAAUUUCACGUUAUAGAAAAACAACGGGUAAUGCUUACGUAACAGAGCAUUAUGCAAUCCCCUCAAUUUUUGUAACAUGAAAUUUGGAAAUCACUGUGUAUAAAGUAUAAAUAUAAUUUAAUUACCUACUGAAGUAGAUUGCUUUUUGUUUCCUUUAAUAUAUAAUAAUUAAUUAACGGUCCUAUGAUUUCCUCUCAACGUUUUAAUAUCCUAUAGAGAGAUGGAAAUUAAACGUUAAUUGUGUAUAUUAUAUAUAUUAUAUAUUAUCAUCCGAUUUUAUUUACUUAUGUUAUUAUGAACUAUUGUACUGUAAUAAUAA